AUGCUACGACCUAGCAACAUUUCAACAAACUACUACAAGAUAGCUCAUCUCCAUGAUAUCUCGUAUCGCAUCUACACGGCUGUGGACUCGGCAAAUGAACAAAUGCUCUUGGAAUUGGAGGUGCAAAUCCGUCACGACCAUCCAUCUAUCCUCAUCAAUUACUACAAUAGAUCGCUAUUUGUGUUCCAGUUUUCCCAUGUGGCCUCGUCUAUCGACCUCCAGGAACUCUAUCCUCAACUCAAAUUGCUGCUGUCUCAUACUUCCUCGCCAAAAGAUCUCACCACCUCUCGAACGGUGCGCCCGGCUGCUGACGAUCCGGUACCAUAUGCUGGGCUUUGCUUUUUGAAGGCGGUCAAGAAGCUUGUGUUGUUCAAUCUCUCGCGUGCUGGCGCCGUGAAGCUUUUCGGAAACUAUGCCGUGGCCGCCGAUGAUGAAAAAACCUACUCCAUGAUCUACCUCGAUCCCAUCUUACUUCCCUCUGGCGAUGUGUUGGUAUCGAUGUCUCGCCGGACAAAACCUCGUCUCUUGGCCACAUCCGUGCUUGAAACAUCUUCCUCGGCUUACUAUGCAAUUUACUUGAUUCCUUCUGGAAUUCGAUGCCAUUUAUUCGGAGCCAAUCUCGAAGCAUGUCUCACUUCGGUGCCUCCAAGUAACCACAAACCGCUCAUAUCACUCCUAGAACGAGCCAUCGGCGUAUCCAUCAGUCUGGACAUCCUCUGGGUGAAACUCGUGCCCAAUUUGCAGCAUUUAAACAACCAGACGUCUCCCAUUUCGCAAUUCGUCCAUUCAGUAGAUAACAAAAAGUAUAUCAUGUGGCCAUGGAACCUCUGUCUAGUUCAAUACGGCCACACGGAGCAUCUGGAGGAGCCGUUGAAGAACUCGCCGUUCGACCCUGUUGGCAUGAUUUCUGAGUUUCUUGAUUUUUCCAUUAAUGUGCAUCUGCAAAUGGCACCGCUGCCCCACGAUUCUCAACUAGCACCUCCGUUCAGUGUUCCCAGUAUAAUGUCUACCGAUGCCAGCGGCGAGGUAGUAGAGGUAAGAGACUCGGUGGAAGAUGAGGUGUUCCCGUCGCCGCUGGUCGGCCUUCCAAAGGAGAAUGAAAGAAGCGAAAAACUGGACGACGAGCUCGAUGAUCUUUUUGGGGAUAACAGCGAGCCGGAAAAUGACGACAAGCAACAAAUCAAAGACAUUUCAGUUAAAGACACUACGACUGAAAAUGGCGAUGUCGAAAUGCAUCUGCCAUCACCAAAAACCGAACAUAUUAGCAGUCCUUUAGUAGCUGCUACAUCCAUACAAAACCUGCAAAUCCUGCAAAAUAAACUGCCAAACCAGCUGAGUCAAUCCCAGCAAUCCCACCAAACAUUUGUGGAUAUUCCCAAAGACCAAAUGCUCACCAAAGAACAAAUGCUUGCUUCCUUCAGAGCCACCCCUCAGUCCUAUGACGAUCCUGGUGCUCCACCAGCCAUCAUGCCCACCCCUGUGGUACCCCAGCACUACCAGUCAACUCCGGGAGAUACCAUUCCGUCCAAAUCGGUGUUCUCACCAAUCUUGUUCAAUCCUCUCAUAAAGAACAAUAUAGACACAAAAUACGGCAAAGGAGGAAAAUUUUAUGUUGAAAAAGAUUCUUCUGUUGGCGUGGAAGAUGCCAAGAGUAAAACAAGAGCAACCAGUGUCCUGGCUCCUACAAAUAAAGACGGAGUAACAGGAUUGGGAAUUAGUCGACACCGCCAACUGAAAGAUUAUGAAGAAGUGUUCGCAGACGAUGAAUCCAUGGACUCAGAGAAAAGCGCUAGUAGCGAUGAAAGUGACGAAGAUGAAGCCGACGACAACGCAAUAAUGGAGAGUGUAACUCUGCCGUUGCGCCUUAAUGUGGCAGAUAUGUCUGCCGAUAAUGUGAAGAGUGCACCGAAUAAUCCUUCCAACGGUGAAAACUUCAAUGGAACUCAUGGUCCCGAUGGACAGUCGUCGUCUCUACCCACUUCUUCGGUGCCUAUUUCUCUGUCGGUAGCUGGAGCAGGUCUUGCUUUCAAUACAGGCUUGGCCAACGUCGACAGUUUCUACCUGCCUUUUAUGAAAAAUACAAAGAAAGACUGGCCCGAGUCUGUGCAACUGGAGGAAGUGCUGAACCCACUGGAUGCAUCGGAGCCAGCAUCCACGAAUGCUUCAGAACCUGCUCUGCGUAAUCUGGAACCAGAAAGCGACCAUACCGAAGAAAAAAAGCAAGAUAGCCAGCCGCCUUCUUCUUCCUCAACCAAUUGUCUUCCAUUGAUAUUGCGAGGCAUCAAUACCAGUACCAUUCCCGAUAUGUUUUUGACUAAUAAUAUCGAAAACAAUAUAAAGAACGAGCUCAUUAUGGAUGUCGAAGCCGAUACAGAAACUUCUGAUCUUGGAUGUGGAAUGGAAUUGAAAGCCAAGUCUGAGGGCUUGAACGAUUUAUUGGAGACUUUGGUCCCAUCCCUAAUUUUUGACCAUGGAUUGACAAACAUAGAUUCAAAAUUGGUCCAGUAUUUUGUCAAUGACGAGGAAGAAGCGUUGGUUCACCUGGAUCGAAUCCCGCUCCACCUUUCUACCGCAUUCCUGUCUCUCUUUCCUCAUAGCUACAAUGUUUCAUUGUUUGAGUUUCUCACCCCAAUCUACGGCCAAGAUGAGAAAACAUCCUUUUUGGAUGAACUAACCGUCACGGGAAUGCUACAAUUUGAAGGUGAAAAGCUCAAUAAUUUGCAGUGGGACGCUAUAUAUCCUGAUGCUGGAAACCAGGAAUCAAGCGACAUCGAGACAUAUCUCCAAUUGGUUUCUCAGAUAGAAGAGUCUCCGGAACGGGAAGAUUCAGGUAUAAUUGCCUUAAAAGAACCAAUGAUUACUGUUAAAAAAGACGAUGCCAUUAUCAACUUGUCAUCUACGUCGCUUUCAUUUUGGAACUUUUUGAACUUUAGUCCAGUAAAUGGACCGAAAGACUUUCAAACUGUACUAGUGUGUGAUUCGGAUCCUAACAACACAGGGUCUCAAUUCUUGGACUCUUUAGCAUAUUGUUAUCACGAAUGCUCGUUUGGAACUAUGGCCAAGUUGAACUUGAAUUCUCUGCUGAGUUUGGAUUUACAACGAAUCAAUGGAACCAUCAAUAUCGUCUACGACGAGACACUGGAAAACGGUGGUGCCGUGAGGGUUGUGGAGCGAGAAUUGAUGAAGCUCGCGGAACUCAUCAAGCUAGAUUUGAUGGAAAAAUCCAACAGCUUUGAUUUCAAGAGUCCGUUUCUUCUACUUUUUGCACUCUCCGAUACUCGUUUCAAUGCCCACCUUCUGGUUGCAAAGUUACUAAGAAAUUUCAGGCAAGUUUUGCGCCAGAACCAAUUACCUAUAGUCGAGGUAUUUUGCCAUAUUAUACCUUCAUCGGUACUUUUUAAGGGUCCGCCGUCUUCCAGAAGUCUCCGCUACCUCUCCAGCUCGAAACUUUGUCGUAUUGCUAUGAGUCUUUACAAUCAGUGCCCAACAUUGAAACACAACUCUGCAACGAGACCACUCAAUAAAACCGCCUUUGCAACCUUGGCGAAAGACCCUCCUGAAAAGCUCCGUCUAAACCUUCCAGGUGCCACGAAAGACUCCAAAGACGCAUACAGUGACGAUAUAUUUCUUCAUUUGGCGUACGAAAGAAGCAUAGAUAAAAGCUGGAUUGUGGGUGUUUGGUCUGAUCCUCGAGGACUACUUACUCAUACUAAAGCGUGGUACUGUUCGCCUUCUCGUCGUACAACUAAAGUUGCUAAUAGUAUUGAGGAGGUGUGCGACGACCUUUGGGCUCUUUCCAUGGAAUUUUUCAAGAACCUAAUCGAGCAAGCCAGCAAGAAUGUUUCAGGAAGAAAGUUUUUGGUGCUCACGAGGGUGAACAAUGUCAUCCCCGAUGACGAGCUAGUUCACUGGAAAAGGCUUAGUGUCAAGCACAAGGAAAUCUCUUUGAUUGUGCUAUCGGUGAACAAAUCUCCAAAGACAGUUUUCUCGAGUAGCUCCAAUGGAGAAGACGAAACCAUGGAAAAAACCGAAAAUGUUCCUACCACCAUGCCUCCAGACAUACCUCUGGUUGACUCAGAUGUGUUUCGCCUUGGCUACGGAAACUCAAACAGCACUUCACCUGCUGCUAUGAUGGGCAGCUCUCCUAACAAUAUCAACUUUCUGUCUCCUCGUCAAAUACUCAAUGCUCUGGGUAAUUUUUUGUCUCCGCAAGAUCUAAUUUCUACAGUGGGUUCUUUGGGAGGUCACAACGGAGUCAAUGGUGGAGCCAGUCCGUCAAAAGUUGCAGAAGUUGUUGAUACCGAAAGAAUCCUUGAAGAUCCCAGCCAAGAUAUUUGUGCUGUGGUUCCAAUCACCACCUUACCAACCGUCAAUUCUCCCACUAGAUUGGCUAUGAAAAGUGGAUACCUUUUAGGCUCUUUUGGACCCCAAAUGUUGCAGUAUGAAGUCAGUUUGCUUUCUUGUUCAAGCUAUUGGAGUCCCGAUGCAAUUAUGAAGAUAUUGCUUCGUCAUUACAAAAAGAUGAUAGUACUAGGAGAUAUCUUGUGUAUCAAAGGCAAGUUUCAACCUCCUCAAUUAAGCAAAUCACGCUUCACUGAUGAACAGGCGGCUUCAGCAAUUGUUCCAUGGCACAUUACUGCCGUGACAAAAGCCUUGGAUUACUUGGUCCAUGUGGAAGUGAACUAA